AUGCCGAAAAAGAAGACUGGACAGAGAAAAAAAGCCGAAAAACAGAAACUACGACAAAAGGAAAUACGAACGGCGAAGGACAAUGUUACUUUAGCCCAACAUCCGUCCAAUGCAGCUAUGGAAUGUGAAAAAUGCCAUAGGAAGCAAAAGAGUAGGGCGUUUUGCUACUUCUGUCAAAGUAUACAAAGACUGCCGGUUUGUGCCCAAUGCGGAAAAAUUAAAUGUAUGCUGAAGACGGGGGAUUGCGUUGUUAAACACCCAGGGGUUUACACUACAGGGACAGGAAUGGUGGGCGCGAUCUGCGACUUCUGCGAAGCAUGGAUCUGCCACGGCCGCAAGUGUCUCCAGACUCACGCAUGCACGUGCCCCCUGCAAGACGCCGUCUGUAUCGAGUGCGAACGCGGAGUGUGGGACCACGGGGGUCGCCUUUUCAAAUGUUCAUUCUGCGACAAUUUCUUAUGCGAAGACGACCAAUUUGAACACCAAGCGUCGUGUCAAGUGCUCGAAUCGGAAAAUUAUAAAUGCCAAUCGUGCAAUAAACUGGGACAAUACUCGUGUCUUCGGUGCAAAACUUGCUACUGUGAAGAUCACGUGAGGAGGAAAGGUUUCAAGUAUGAGAAGAAUAAAGCGAUUCCUUGUCCCAAGUGUGGAUAUGACACGUCGCAAACAAAGGAUCUUAGUAUGUCGACAAGGAGUCAUAAGUUUGGACGGCAGGGACAAGCGAGUUAUUACGACGAAGAAGAUGAUGUUCAAGAGUCGUCAGGGUAUGGAGAUUACGUCUAUAAUGAGUCUGAGGAGGACGAAGAUGAUGAUGAUGAUGAUGAUGAUGACGAUGAUGAUGAAGAAUCCGAAGAAGGUACAAGUGAAGAGGAGUCGGGAAACGAGGAAAAAUGAACUCUUUUCGUACGUUAGUAAUUCAAUACCACAUAUUGUAAUGGCCUUUAAGCCCAAAUCUAUAACAUGUUUUUAUGAUUCGAUUUUUUUAUUGGCUUUUUCGUUACUUACCUUAAAGCCAAACGAUUUUAAACUGAAAUUAAUGGUGAAUUGAUGAAGUAUUUUCGUUAAUAACAAUCCGGGGUAAGGCACUUGUUCUUUGCCCAAUUUUCCUUUUUUUGUUAGCAAAUAAAUAAUUCUUAAACGACUU